AUGGAGGAAGACAGAGAUAUGCCAAAGAGGUCGUGGGAUACCUGUCGAGAGGUCCCGGUCAUUGAAGAUGAACAGACGCCAUGGAAACUGAUCAAGCUGCUAAAGUUAAUCUCAUUAUGCGUAGUCGGUGUGCUCGUGUUCGGAUUGGCAAUAAGUAGCAAGACUUCUUUCCUCCUCAUGAUCACCUACGCCAAUGAAGACACAAAGAUCCUCCCAGCGGACCAGAAACCUGUCGCUCUGCUGUGUAUCGGCUGCUCUCUCAUCUCAUCCAGCGUCAUUCUUUUCCUCAAAAGCUUCUGGAAAGCAUGUUACAAAACAUCAAAGCCUCCAAGAAAAACAACCAUUGCUCUGGUUCUGUUCUUCGAGUUUCUGGUGUCUCUGGGUGCAGCAGUUCUCACUAUUGUAGCCAUGCCACACUUGGACAUCGUGACCAACGUGACCAUACUGAACAGCAUAGGGAUCCUCUCUGCGCUCCUGCAGGUGGUUGCCCAGUGCACCGCCAAAGAAAGAAACCGCUACCUGCUGCCGUCAAUCACUGCUUUCGUCCUCAUUUUGAUCGGUCAUGUCUUGUUCAUUGUCUUAUACAUCAUGAAGGAUACCAAGACAGCGAUUUGGGUCGGACUGGCUGUCGGUGGGUCAUUCUUGGUGUCUUUCAACUGGUGGGAGAACUACUUCACACAGAUCGGUGAGAAGAGCAAAUCCAACUUCCUCAAGAACUUUUGCAAAGACAUGAAAAGGAGUCAGAACAUGCUGCACAUCCUCUCCAGCAUGCUGAGAAUCGGGGUGACCGCCUCUGUGCUCGGUGCAUACGUCCCUCUGUCCAAGAUGGACUGGGAUGUAGUUACUUCCAUCCCGAGUCGUGAGACAAGGAUUAUAGUCAUCACCAUCGGAGUCCAGCUAAUUAGCUCAGCACUGUGUCACUGGUUUGCAGUUACUGCUUGUAAGAUGCAUGCCCUGCGACGAUGCUUCAUCCUGCCUCUGUACCUGGCCUCUCUGGCUGUGAUGGCUCUGCUGAUCAUCCCCGUUAUUGUUUACUAUCAGGACUACAGAAUAAGUCUGAACGGGACCGCAAACGUCAACUUCACAGGCUACUGCACUGAAGCUGUGUUUGCAAGAAACCAAAGCCUGAAUGGCAGUGUGUUCCCACAUCUGGUUUUGGACGUUACACACACUCUGUGCUUCCUGGAUAUGUCCAACAUAACAGACAUCGGUCUACUAACAGGUUCAUCAGUGGCUUGGUGGCUCGGUCUUGUGUUGGCCACCAUCCAUUUGUGGCACCUCCACUUGCAUCGCAUUCAGAGGACCCAGGACCUGUUCAUCAGGAGGCUCUAUGAAGGAGCUUUUAUCGAACAGUCCCUUCUCUUCAACACCCGAUUUGAAAUUCAGAUCAAAGACAAAUCGAGGAGAGGCUUUCAGGUGUUGGAGAAAGCAAUGGUGUAUCUGUGUGCAACCAUGUGGCAUGAGACCUACGAUGAGAUGAUUAAAAUCAUUAUUUCAAUCUUCAGACUGGACAAGUACAGACCAAAUGAAGACUCAGACAAAGACCCAAAGAGAGUCCCAAAGUUCAAUGAUUUCACCUUUGAAGCCCAUAUCUACUUUGAUGACGCAUUCACUACUGUUCCGGGGCGUCAGGGGCCUGAACUCAACGAAUUUGCAAAAACCCUUGUGGGAGUCCUCACAGAAGUUUACGGCAUCUUCGUGAACAUUGAUGAGAAGUUAUUCAAAAAGCAGCAGCAGGUCCCUGAUCAGAAGAUCAUAAAGACUCCGUAUGGAGGUCGUCUUGUGCUCACCAUGCCUCACGGUAACAACAUUGUGGUUCACUUCAAGAACAAAGAGCUCAUCCGCCACAAGAAGAGGUGGUCUCAGGUCAUGUACCUUUUUUAUCUUUUGGGCUGGAAACUCAUGACCAAAUACUACAAACGCUUGCAGAGAGGAGAGAAUGAGAAAGAUCUGCAAAAAGAGAUCGAGAAGCACAACACCUACAUCCUUGCUUUGGAUGGGGACACAGAUUUCCAGCCAACUGCUGUGAUGCUGCUCAUCGAUCGUCUGAAAAUGUACCCUCAUGUAGGGGCAGCAUGUGGCAGGAUUCACCCCACCGGUUCAGGUCCUGCAGUUUGGUUUCAGAAGUUUGAAUAUGCCAUCAGCCACUGGCUACAAAAGACCGCAGAGCACGUGAUCGGUUGUGUGCUGUGCAGCCCUGGGUGCUUCAGCCUGUUCAGAGGAGAUGCUCUUAUGGACGACAACGUGAUGAAGAGAUACUCCACCAAAUCCACCGAGGCGAGUCACCACAUCCAGUACGAUCAAGGUGAAGACCGUUGGCUGUGUACACUACUGCUGAAGCAGGGAUGGAGAGUGGAGUAUGUUGCAGCAUCUGAUGCCUACACCAAUGCCCCAGAGGACUUCAAAGAACUCUACAACCAACGUCGGCGUUGGGGACCGUCCACAAUGGCUAAUGUUGUGGAUCUGCUAGGAUCCACCAACACAGUUGCCAAGAAGAAUAGAUCCAUGUCCAAACUCUACAUGUUCUACCAGCUCUUUGCAAUGGUAUCAGUCAUAGUGGCACCCGCCACCAUCUGCCUUUUGGUCGCAGGAAGUUUGAGCUUCAUCUUCAAGGUCUCUUCGAACGCUGCCCUCAUCAUGGCUGUGAUCCCUCCUGCCAUCUACCUGGGUCUUUGCUUCAAACUCAAACCAGAUACUCAGGUCACGAUUGCAGCAAUCUUGAGUAUCUUAUAUGCAUUUCUAAUGUUGGUGGUGACGAUGUCCAUUAUAGUAUCAAUGGUGAGGGACCAAACCAUCUUGACACCCAGCAGCCUCUUUGUUGUGGCCAUGGCGCUCAUGUACAUCAUCACUGCGAUGAUGCAUCCACAGGAAUUUCUGCUGUUAUUCCACGGCUUUCUCUACAUUAUCUGUGUCCCUAGCGCCUACCUCCUGCUCACUAUUUACUCCAUGGUUAACAUGACCAAUUCAUCUUGGGGCACCAGGGAGACAAAGCCUGCCACUGGAGCUGCCACUACAACCACCCAGCCGCAAACAACAUCUAAGAAAGCCAUAAGCACCUUCACACGUUUCCUCUCGUGGAUCAAAUGUUGUAAAAAGUCCAGACAAGGAGCUAGUGAGGAGCUCAAUGUCAGCCAAGAGAACCAGAUCCCAGAGCACACACAGCCUGAACUUCAGCCCCAAAACACUAUUGUAGAGGACGUGCACAUCCCCGAGAAAGAGGAGAGGCCUCAGCAGUCUUCUUUCGACUGUCCUGAAGAACCCCACUGUUGGGUCAGAGACUUAAAGUCUUUGUCUGAUGACAUGCACCUGCAGGAGGACACACUCAACCAGGAGGAGGAGAAAUUCUUUGAAGAGCUGCAGGAAAAGUACCUGAAACCUUUGGUUACUGACAAAGAGACACAGGAAAAAAUCGCUGAUGACUUGCGAGAGCUGAGAAACAAGAUAAACUUUGCCUUCUUCAUCGUUAACGCCCUGUGGCUGGUGGCGACGUUCAGCCUCCAGUUCUUCGGCACCACCUUGACCAUCAAGAUCCCCAAGAUCAACCUCCUACUGGAAAAAGACGGCGAUAUCACGGUGGAGCCCAUUGGCUUCAUGUUCAUUCUCGGAUUCGCUUUGUCCAUUUUGAUCCAGUUCCUCACCAUGUUUUACCACAGAAUAUACACCCUGAUUCAUUAUGUAGCCUUUACGGACACAGAGCGCAAAGACCCAAAGCCUGAAAGCAAAGAUGAGUACUUGGCAGGCAAAAAGCUCAAGUCCACCUCCAACUCUAGCUUCCAGGAGGACUCUGAGCCAGAGGACAGUGAUGAUGGUGAUUAUGAUGAUGAUGAUGAUGAUAUCUACACUUCAAUGUGGUACAGACAGAAUGGCACACAAGUGUAA